AUGAAAACAUCCAGUAUUGAUGUCCCUCAAAAGGUCAUUGAUGAAGCAAAAAGCAUUAGUCAUCCACCACCUGCUGAGACCAUCAGCCUAAAAACAGCAAAGACCUCUCCAGUUAAAACAUUGAUCAGUGUCAAAGGGAGAGUCACUUCGGAAGAAAUGGUGAGGACCGUUCAAGUGAAGGGGCAGGAUGUCGCUGUGCAAAACAUCAAGAUAAAAGAUGACACCGAUGAAAUGAAAGUCAGUCUUUGGCGAGAAAUGACUGCAAUUUGUACUGUAGGAAGCUUCCUAGAAAUCACAAAUGUAGUUGUGAACCAUUUCCAGGAAGACAUUUCCUUGUCAACCACUUCAAGAACACAAAUACAGAAAUGCGAAGCUCCACCGUCCAUUUUGAAAGGCAGUGUUAUUGCUUAUGAAAAGACUGAGUUGGGAUUUUCCCUUAUGAUCGAAGAAGGAGAAAACUUUCAAAAUGUUGACGUAUCAAUGAACUUGGUCAUGAAGGCUCUUCAGUGUCAAGAAAAUGCAACUGAAACAACCCUGUCAGAAAAAAUUCCAUUCCAGUGCAUUGUCCAAACAGUUAAUGGAAAUGUAGAGGCCUUCUCCACUGCUUGA